GUGGCUUGGUGGCGAACGUGUGACAGUUUGGCAGUGUGGCAGUAGGACACGGGACAGGAACUCCUUUAUUUGCAUGUAAAAUGAACUGUCAAACUGUGGCGCUAACUAAAGCGGCAAUGCGACGAGAACGCAUGAAAAACGACAGGACUAACGAUAAGAGGAAUAACAGCCAGCUGCAGGCAAAAGUGUUGGCUGGAGCAGCAGCAGCAGUCGCAAAAGCAUUGGCAGCGGUAGCGGGCACAACCACAGUCGCAAACCGAUCCAGUUAAUGGGUUGUAUAUUCGAUCGCUUAAGACAAAGCUUAAUCAUCUGGGUACUUAGCAACUACAGCUUUAAUUAAAGAACAACAGCAAUACAUUUGCACAAAACUAUCAUAGAACAAAAAUACCUGUAGAAAUCAUAAACGCAAACGCAAACAAUAAAAUCAAAAUGAGCGCUUACGAUUUGGCGAGAUUGGCGAUGCCAGCCCAUGGGCCACCAAGCAUAUUGGAACCGCUAGCACCUUCAUUCCGCUCAACGACCACAACGACGACAACAACUACGACAACCACCACGACCACGACAACUUUAGCGCCAUCUGUCUUCUUCACCGUUAUGCUGGACAAUGUCACAACGGUGAUUAUCUUAGAUAACGAAAUAGCACAAAAUCAAACGAAUGCCACAGGCUUUUUCGAACCCAAGGGACCACGCUACUCGGUCUCCUCAAUGGUGAUAAUGGGCAUAAUUGCCGCCAUACUCAGCAUACUCACUGUGGCGGGGAAUGUUAUGGUUAUGAUCUCAUUCAAAAUCGACAAACAACUUCAAACAAUCAGUAACUACUUUCUGUUCUCGCUGGCAAUCGCCGAUUUCGCCAUCGGACUCAUAUCAAUGCCACUUUUUGCGGUCACCACGAUUUUAGGCUAUUGGCCACUUGGUCCACAUAUCUGCGACACUUGGCUGGCACUGGACUAUUUGGCUUCGAAUGCCUCCGUAUUGAAUUUGCUAAUCAUCAGUUUUGAUAGAUAUUUUAGUGUCACCAGACCUUUGACAUAUCGCGCAAAACGUACCACCAAUCGAGCAGCGGUCAUGAUUGGCGCUGCUUGGGGCGUAAGUCUGCUGCUGUGGCCACCUUGGAUUUACAGUUGGCCAUAUAUUGAGGGUAAACGCACCGUACCGCAAUACGAGUGCUAUAUACAAUUUAUCGAAACCAAUCAGUACAUUACAUUUGGUACGGCGCUGGCCGCUUUCUAUUUUCCGGUGACGAUUAUGUGCUUUUUGUACUAUCGGAUUUGGCGGGAAACGAAGAAACGUCAAAAGGAUUUGCCCAAUUUGCAAGCUGGCAAAAAGGACUCUUCAAAGCGUUCGAACUCAAGCGAUGAGAACACCGCCGUUAAUCACACUGGCAUGUUGUCGUUUGCCCAUUUGGGUGCUGGUGAUCAUGACACUUGGAGGCGUCCAAGAUCUGAGUCCUCCGCCGAUGCUGAAAGCGUUUACAUGACAAAUAUGGUCAUCGACUCUAGUUACCAUGGUCUGCAUUCACGCAAAUCGAGUAUCAAGAGCACAAAUACCAUCAAAAAACCAUAUUCGUGCUUUGGCGGCAUCAAGGAAUGGUGCAUUGCGUGGUGGCAUUCAGGACGUGAAGAUUCCGAUGAUUUUCCUUAUGAGCUAGAGGAACCUUCAGAUUUUGGAUGCACUUCGAUGAGUGUGGUGCGCGACAACUACUCACUUGGCGGCAGUGGGUGUGGUGUACGUCCGCCGAGCAUAUUGCUACCCGAUGUCUCACCCACACCCCUACGCCCGCCCAUGACACCACUCACCCAAUUGCAGGAGAUCUCUUCCGCUUCGGGAGCGCGAGAUUCGCGUUCCCUACCUGGCAAUAAUCGCAUCGGUUCGCGUUCGGUAAGUCAAGAUUCAGUUUAUACAAUACUAAUACGGCUGCCCUCGGAUGGGGCCAGCGCUAGCAAUGGGCCAGAGGCGCCAUCAAUCAAAAUGAUACAUGAGGAUGUGUCACUACCAAUCAUAAGUGGACCACCAAGACGGCCACUUUCGUCGCGUGAUUCCGAAUACAGUUUACCAUUGGGACGGCGAAUGUCGCAUGCUGCACACGAUGUGCGCAUUCCACUCAAUGCGAAAAUCAUACCUAAACAAUUGGGCAAGAAUAUGCAUGCCACGUCGCGUGCUGCGGCCAAGAAGAAGAAAAAAUCACAAGAGAAGCGACAAGAGUCGAAGGCAGCGAAAACUUUAUCGGCCAUCUUACUAAGUUUCAUUAUCACAUGGACGCCAUACAAUAUACUGGUGCUAAUCAAACCACUCACCACAUGUUCCGAUUGCAUACCCAACGAAUUGUGGGAAUUUUUCUAUGCGCUUUGCUACAUUAACUCAACCAUAAAUCCGGUCUGUUAUGCACUCUGCAAUGCAUCCUUCCGCAGGACAUACAUACGCAUACUUACUUGCAAGUGGCACACACGCAAUAGGGAGGGCAUGACGCGAGGUGUGUACAACUGAGUGAGGCCUGCCGAGGGGACAAUGAUGCGCCGGCGGGAGGGCAAUGCGGGUCUCUUUGAAUUGAAGCAAAAUUCAAAAUUUAAAACAUAAUAGAAGUGAAUGUACGAAAUAUGAGUAAAAACUUGUGGCAAACUUGUGGGUGCGGGCAAAUGAAAUUGAGAAAAUAUUUAUUAAAGU